AUGUCAUUUCCAGUAGAUCCUGAAUGUUUUAUAAGUCUGGAUCCUUUUAGUAAACAAGAAAACCAAAUUAUGAGUACUUUUGAGCUUGCUCCACCAGAUCCUUCUGAGGAUUCUACACCAAUUGAUCCUUUUCAGUCAACAGUAUCAGAUUCACAAAAUAUUUCAACAAUGUUAAGUCCUGAUUUUGAACCACAAAAUAAUAGUACAGAAUCGUCACUACCUCCUGGCUUUGAGCCACGUCAAAAUAAUAGCAUACCAGAAUUAAAUAUUGAAUUUUCGAAUUCAAAUAAUAAUACACGUGCGCGAUUUGAUGAUCCAGAAGAACCUUCUUCAUCAAGAUUAUCUCCUCCUCCUCCACUUCCUUUAUCACAAGAACACCAAUCUUCUGUUUUAAUUGGUCUUGGUACACAUCAUCAUUUGCAAACAGGUCAAGAUGACAUCACAUAUACCUCUGUAAAUAAUUCAAAUAUUAAUAAUGAUUUCGUUGUUUCUUCUUUAAUAACUACAAAAACAUCAAUUGAUAAAGAUAACGAAAGUCGGCUUCUUCAAUAUCGUUUAAAUAAAAGAGUUGAAUCAUUUAGAAAUAAUAAACGAGAGGAAUGUACAAAAAAAUCACCAAAAAAUUUAGCAACCCCUAAAGUUAGUACUUUAAUCUCUUCAAAAAAUAAUCUGUCCAAUUCAGAUGAUGGGAACUUAUUGAUAGGUAAUUCAAGUCAAAAUAUCUCUACUUCUACCUCAACAUUAAAGAGAACUGCAGAACAAAUUAAUACUUCAAAAGAGGAAUCUUUAGAACAAAUAAAUGAGGUUAAUGAAGAGGUACUAAUUGAUCUAACAAAAAGAAAACGUCAAGAAGGAAAAGAAAUAGAAAAUUCUUCAAAAGAAAUAUCAAACUUUGAUUAUCAAUGUGAUAUUGCAGGAAAUGGUAGGAACACUGAAGAGACUGACAAAAUUGAUAAUGUUACAAUGUCAUUACCUAGUAGUAUUUCAUCAAAGUUUAUUGACGGUUCCUGUAAAAAAUAUCUUUAA